AUGCCUGAGAAGACAAUAUUGGACCGCGGACGGGUCUUCAAUAACAAAUUCCUGAAGGCCCUGUACCAACGCCUGGGAAUAGACCCUCAUUUCUCCUCAGCCUAUCAUCCCCAAAGUGACAGACAGACAGAACGUGUAAAUCCCACGGUUGAACACUUCUUACGGGCCUACUCAGGGAUAAACCAGAAAGACUGGGUCAAGUGGUUACCAAUGGCGGAAUUUGCCUACAACAACACGGUACACAGCUCAACAGGCAAAUCCCCGUUCAAGGCACUAUGCGGAUGGGAACCUUCCUUGACUCCAAGUAACGUUCCAACAGACGUCCCUGAGGCAGAUGAUCUAGCAACCCAGAUGGAAUCACAAUGGCGGGAAAUAGAGGCGGCACUCCGACAAUCAAAGACACGCAUGGUAACCGGAGAAGUAGGAGAACCACUCAAGUUCAAAAUUGGAGAAGAAGCCUGGCUAGACGCCAAAAACGUGAAGCUAAAGACCCUGAGUCCAAAGCUAACUGAACAACGCCUAGGCCCCUUCAAAAUAAUUGAGAGAAUCUCCAACAGAGCAUACCGCCUGGAACUUCCACCAACAAUGAGAAUCCACAAUGUCUUCUACGUGGGUCUCCUGUCAAAAGUCAAAAGGGACAAAAAGCGCAACUUCAAGAACCGGCCUCCACCUGUCACCGUGGAUGGAGAAGAAGAAUACGAGGUUGAAGGGAUCACAGACAUGGAAGAAAGGAACAGGAAGUGGUUUUUUAGGGUAAAAUGGAAAGGCUACGGAUCAGAGGAGAAUACCUGGGAACCAAGGGAAAACCUCAAAAACGCCAAAAAAAUCCUAGAAAAAUUUGAAAAGGAAAUGAAAAAGAAGGCCCUUGGCGCUGCCAAGGCCCUUAGAGGGGGGGCAGUGUCGUAG